AGGCUGUGCGGGCUGUGUAUAGGACGUCAGUGCUGUGCACAGGCGGUGUGUGUACAUUGUACAGAGAUCACUUAUCCUGGGUCAUCAUGGCAUCUGAGCGGAGCCCACAGGAGCCGAUUACCGGGGCCCAGAUCAUUGCAGAAGCCUUGGCUGCACAGAAUGUGAAGUACAUGUUCGGUAUUGUUGGCGUUCCUGUGAUUGAAAUCGCUAUUGCCGCCCAAGUAGCAGGAAUCAAAUAUGUUGGCAUGAGAAAUGAGCAAGCGGCAUGCUAUGCUGCCUCAGCCGUGGGAUAUCUUACAGGCAGACCUGCUGUGUGCCUUGUGGUGUCUGGACCCGGUCUCAUUAAUACCCUCAGUGGGAUGGCAAAUUCUAAUAUGAACUGCUGGCCUCUGAUUGUCAUAGGCGGAUCUUCUGAUUCUAACCAAGAAACAAUGGGAGCAUUUCAAGAGUUUCCCCAGGUAGAAACCUGUCGACUGUACAGUAAAUUCUCUGCAAGACCCAGCAGCUUGGAAGCGAUACCCAUUGUUAUUGAGAAGGCUGUAAGAACAAGUAUGUAUGGCCGCCCUGGUUCUUGCUAUGUGGACAUUCCUGGAGACUUUGUAAACAAGUUGGUUGAUAGUAGUGAAGUCAGGCAAGUCAAUACCUCAAAAAGGUUGGGGGUGCUAUGUAAUUACAAAAGUUAGGAUUUCCUAAAUUUG